AUAUGCAGUGUCCCAAUAAAUUGCCUGGAAAAACAGUCUCAGUGCUCAAGCACCGCAAGCGUCGCAUUCAACAGGACAAAUCUGUGCUAGACCAAAAGCGUAAUGAUCGUAUCAAACGCAUUGUAAAAACCAAGGCACACCACAAGUUUCGCCGCGCUGAAUCCUUUGUCAUGGGUUACUUGAAAGCGGAGCGCACAUCCAAUCGCAUCCGGCGGACAAUUCUACGCACAAAUGUCACCGAACAGAGCGCCGAAGCGGCAGCGGAAACAAAUCCCAGACUGCUGUUGGUUAUGCGUCAUGCGGGCAAGAUGAUUUACGACAAAACCACCGCAAACAUCUUUCGCACCUUGCGUAUGCCAAGGCGUCACAACGCCGUCUUCUUAGAGAACAACAAAGAGAAUCAGCUGCUGUUGCGCGUCAUCGAACCAUUUGUUGUGUUUGGUCAUCCAUCAUUGAGCACUAUUCGAGAGUUGCUAUUUAAGAAGGGUUUUGCUAGCAUUGAUGGCAAAAAGACGGCCAUACAGUCGAACACCAUGGUAGAGGAGCAACUGGGCGAGAAGGGCAUCAUUUGCCUGGAAGAUAUCAUACAUGAAAUCUGCACAGUUGGACCAAAUUUCGCGGCAGUCAAUGAUUUUCUGUGUGCCUUUUCUCUAUCAAGUCCUCGCGAUGGUUGGAAGAAAAAGGUAUCCGUCUCCUUCAAGCGUGGCGGCGAAUAUGGAGAUCGUGGCAAUGGCAUCAACGAUGUCAUUGCGCGUUGCCUGUAAAAAUUUCAACCCUAGUAGACUUUAAUUUUCCUAAAAAACUUAAAUAAAUAGUUGUAUGUAUAAACUCAAAAAA